AUGGCUCAAUUUAAAUGUUCGAAUAAUCUUGAAAAAUUAUUAGAACCUACAAUAAUAUAAAAAAUAGUGACACUAUCUAAAUAAUAUGAUGCUAUAAAUCUUGCAAGCGGAUUUCCUGAUUGGGAAACACCUGAAUUUGUAAGUAGAGGUUUAUAAGAAGCAAUAAGAAAAUAAGAAAACUAAUAUUGUUUACCUGGAGGACAUCCUGAUUUUCGUGAAUAAGUUGCUACUAUAUAUUCAAAGAAGUUAGGAUUUCCAAUAGAUCCAAAUAAAAAUAUAUCUAUUGGUUAAGGUGCUAGUGGAUGUAUAUAUGAUAUUUAUACUGCUUUUUUAGAUUAAGGGGAUGAAGUAAUAAUAUUUGAUCCUCAUUAUGAGUUUUUGAGUAAAGAAGCACUUUUAUUGGGAGCAGUAGUAAGACAUAGUUCUCUAAUUGAACCAAAAGACCAUGAAAAUGAGUAAUUUACUAUAAACUUUUAAGAAUUUGAGAAAUUAUUUAAUAAUAAAACUAAAAUACUCCUUUUAAAUAACCCUUAAAAUCCUACAGGAAAAAUAUUCACUUUCGAAGAAUUAACAAAAAUUAGUGAAAAUUUUAUAAAAACACCCUUAAGUAAUCGUAAUAGCUGA